AUGGAAUCCGCGCCGCCUCUGAGAGACCUGCGAGUUGUGGAACUUGCAGGCCUUGCUCCAGGUCCCUUCUGUGGGCAGCUUCUCUCUUUAUACGGAGCCUCGGUUCUACGAGUCGAUCGCGCAGGUGUCUCCGAAAACCAGGAUAUUCUGACAUCCCAUAAGUCCUCUAUUAUCUUAGAUCUCAAGAACAAAGAUUGUAUCCGCCUCCUCAAAGACCUUCUCGAUAAGGCCGACAUUUUGAUUGACCCGUUUCGACCUGGGGUUCUCGAAAGACUGGGUUUAUGUCCCAGUUCUGUUCUUCUCGUCUCCAACCCCCGUCUCAUCGUGGUGCGCAUCACCGGUUUCCGUCGCGAUGGCCCGUAUAAGGACAUGGCUGGGCAUGACAUCAACUACCUGGCUGUCGCAGGGUUGUUGAGUAUGCUCGGAAGCGGCGGAGGACUUGUGGCCUUUGCGGGCGUUCUCAUGGCCCUUUAUCACCGAGUCUUUACGGGAAAAGGUCAGGUAGUGGAGGCGAGUAUGGUUGACGGCGCCUCAUAUAUUGGGACUAUUCCUCGCCUGAGGUCUAAAGAACCUGCUUGGAGCGGGGAAAGGGGAACUAAUUUAUUGGAUGGCGGCUGCCCUUACUACCAAUGUUACGAGUGUAAAGAUCGAGCAAAGUAUAUGUCAGUGGGCGCAUUGGAACCUCAAUUCUUCUCAAAUCUUCUCCAAGGUCUGGGAUUGACAAACGACGACAUUCUCGGUCCUGGUCAACGGCGCGAGGACAAGCGUUCAUGGCCACGCAUGCGAGAGUCAUUUGCCAGCAGGUUCAGGGAGAAAACACGCAAGGAAUGGGAACAGACAUUCGCCAGCUUGGAUGCCUGUGUCGCUCCUGUUCUGGAGCACAAGGAGAUGGAACAGGCAGGAUACGAACAGCGACCAAUAGUGCAUCUGAGUGCUUCGCCAGCCAGACCCGUGGACUCGCAGUGGACAGGGAAACGUUUAAGUGCAGGUCACGGCGCAGAGGAGGUAUUGAAGGCCUGGAUGGGCUGGGAGAAAGGAAGAGACUAUACGGUCGAUCAAGAAACAUGCUUCUUCCGUGUAGUGAGUUCCAAGCUUUGA